AGAAGAUACGCUGGCUGAUCCCAAAAGAAAAUAUCCUGCGUUGUGGCCGUUUUUAGUAGCUUCGACCAAUAUGCUGUGAUAGAGGAUCCAAUUUAGUGCGAUUUAUGCUAAUGAUUCUUUGGGCGAAACGCCAGUGUUGAUCAUCUCAGGAAGUGCAGAUAGCGGAAGAUAAGAUUACAACGCAGCCACAAAUUGCCUCGUAAUUCGCGGGAUUCUCAGAAGGAACAUGUUUGAGAAGCGGAAUCCAGAAACUGAUCUACAUCAGCAUCGUCAAACCGUAUGAAGCAAAGACAUCACUCGUUAUUGCUUUUGAUACUCGCUUCCUGAUUGCGACUGGCGAGAGAAGCGUUUAUCAAGACCUAGUUUAAAUAUAGACGAAGCAUUGGAAGAGAAAUACAUCCGACAAAGAUGACGAACUCGCGGAUAAAUUGGGGGGAGCUGUUUCCCAGCAAGAAGAGCGUUUUUAUUUUCAUCACCUAUAUGUCGCUGUUCGUGGGGCAGGGAAUUCUUGUGACUGCUUCCCAACGGGCUGAUAACAGCUACAGCUACAACACAGUACUGGUUGUGCUGUUGACCGAAGUGCUGAAGCUAGUUAUUUCCACAGUGCUUUACUGUCGAGAGCAUUCAAUCAAAUCGCUGGUGGUGAAGGUCAUCGAGGGCCGCGAUGUUCUACUACUGUACUUUGUGCCGGCAUUCCUGUACUGUCUGUACAACAACCUAGCUUUCGUGAAUCUGUCCACCUUCGACCCGACGACGUACUAUCUGCUCCUACAGCUCCGCGUCGUCAUAACCGGAGUGCUGUUCCAGGUGAUCUUCAAGAAAUCUCUAAGUCGGAAGCAAUGGUUCUCACUGUGCUUGCUAACGGUUGGAUGUAUGCUGAAGCAAUGGAACUUUUCUAUUUCGCCAACGGCCACCGAAGACGUGGAUAAGCAGUCAAUCGACGGUACCUUUCGAGGGAAGAACAUAUCCGGAUUUGAUCUCAGCUUCAGCGCCAUUCUGAUUUUGGUACAGACAGUUUGUUCCUGUCUCGCUGGAGUCUACAACGAAUACCUGCUGAAGGGCAAAGGAUCUGACAUCAAUAUCUACGUCCAAAACGUGUUCAUGUAUUUGGACUCGAUCGUUUGCAAUCUAUUGAUAUUGAUGUUCCGCGGAGAACUGGCCGCUGUAGUCACCAAGGAGCACCUACUGGAGGUGUUCCGCUUCGAAGUGCUCGUGAUCAUGAUCAACAAUGCAGCCAUUGGCAUAAUCACCAGCUUCUUCCUGAAGUACAUGAACUCGAUCCUUAAAACGUUCGCCAGUGCGUUGGAACUGAUGUUCACUGCCCUGCUCAGCUAUCUCCUGUUCUCGAUACCCAUCUACGUGAACACCGCUCUGGCGAUAUUCGUUGUGUCCUACGCGAUAUAUCUGUACUCUCUGAACCCCGUAGUUAAUCUGGCUAGCAAAACAGGGGGCAGCAGCCGGGAGAAGGACGAAAGUCGAAAAACCUUGAUGAGCAAAGACGAUGACGAUGACAUUGAACUUCAAAUGGAGGAAGUGUAGACACUUCCUUCCAACAGUAUUUAGCGCAUUAAGCGGGACUUAGUCACCAAAAAUCCACUUUUAUACGAACACUAAUAUCAUCUGUCCUUUCCUUAAAAACCAUUUCAGUUCGUUGUUUAGAUUUAGAUCAUAGGAACCAAGUAUAAGGCACAACUCAACGGUGCCGGCUCCGUCGAGUUGGAACACUACGUAAUCUGUUUUAGCAACUUGUGAAGCACCUUCGAAGGUAAAAGUUAUUUAUGUUGUAUUUUUUAACAUAAUAAAAAAGAUUAAUCACCUUUAUUUUUGCAAGAGAUGUGAUAAAAAUGCAAAAUCGGA